UGUAGAUUCACUUGGAAGAAGUAUAGUGAUAUGAUCUGAUUUCACUUCUAGGGCACAAAAGUUGGAGAUGGAGACUCAUCAGACAGCUGGUGGUGAUGAACAGCAGAUUUGCAGAAGACACAAUGGGAAACAUUGGAGAUGCAAGAAGCCUAGUGGUGAUAAUAAGCUACAAUACUGUGAUAAACAUUACAAACAUUUUACAGAUUUUUCUACUAAGAAUCCAGAUGAACGGUUUUGUUGUCACACAGGUGGUAGUAGUGGUACCAGUAUAUCCAGAUGCAAGAAUUUUAGGAUGAGUCAUGGUGCUGCUGAUCAUAGUAUUCCUAAGACCAAAUUUUGUGAAAAACAUUACAAUUAUUAUAAGAAUCGUCAGAAGAAGAAGAGAAGUAGAGAUGGUGAAGACCGAGGAGCAGGUACAGGACCUAUAGAAACUAGGGAUUCCAAUUUCUCAAAACUGAGGAAGAAGGUAAUGGAGGAACAUGAUCCCUCCCUUGGAAUUCAACCAGAUGCUAGUGAUGAUACCUCUGAUACAAUUAUAGAAGGUGGCACUGCCAAUAUCAAGAGGAAGAGGGAAAAUGUGGAAAGCUAUGGAAAACUAGAAUCAUUGACAGGAAUUAGGGAAAAUGUGGUUGAAUUGGAGGGUCUGGAGCAUUAUAAGAUUAAGUAUUCUGAAUUGUCUGUGGAGCUUGAGAAGAAGAAAGUGGAGUGCAACACACUCCAGGGUAAAUUAGUGGAGGUAGAAGAAAUUAGAAAGACUGCUGCUAAAGAUGAGAGUGGACGGACACCCGCGGAUGCAACUGAAUGUUGGAGGAAACUGUUUUCGAAUUUGGCGGAAAGUGUAGAGUCUCGCAUUUUGGAUCUGGAGAACAUAGUCCUGAGGAUGGAUAAUAGAAUUUCAAUAAUGGAGGGGUCUGUAGAGUCUCGCAUUUCGAAGUUGGAAAGCCUAGUCCUGAGAAGUGGAAAGGGAAGUUCAAUAAUGAGAUGUGUAGAAUUGCGCGAUUCUGCAAAGAUAGAGUCCGAAGCGUGUGGUUCGCAGAAUAACGUUACUCAAAGUGGUGGAAAGCAAAGAGAUGAAAACAACAGGAGUAGAACUAAUGCCGAAACCAGCAGUGUAGGGAGGAAGGAUUCUCAUGUGCAUGAGUGUAAAGAGAAGGUGCUGAAUGUGUUUGGUGUUGGUAGCCUACGUUUAUCCAGUGGGAAUGAAAACGUUGAAGAAGGGAAGGGUUUCGGCUGUUCUGAGAAGAGACCAUCUCAACAUGGAUCAUCAUCUCAAGAUCAUCUAGAAAUGAGUGUGAAUCCUUUUUUGAACUUGGUCUCAGAUGAUGACAGUGUUGAAGUUCUUAGCGAAACUGAAGAUUCUGAUAGUUCUACUGAUUCAGAAGGUUCUCUUGGGGCUCUUAUGGACAUGCUGGCGAUGAAAUAUAAGAAUAGAAACAAGGACAAAGAAAUAAAAUGGGAGUUUGAGGCUGAUAUGCUUUCGUCAUUUGAAGAGGAUCCUGAGCUGUGUAUGAAAGCUGUUUGUGCUCUCUAUCGACAGCAGAUAUGUGAAGACGAAAUAUCAGACAAGGGCUUGUUCCAUAACAGCGAUGCACUCAGGUGUAGUGCUUUGGCCAAGUUUCUAAUGGAUGAGGACUGCGAAGGUGACCUUAACAAGUCUAUGAACGAGUUGGAGAAAUUCGAUUCUAAAGGGGUUGAAGACUGCAAGAGGCUGGCUAGAAGAUACUCGACGCAGUUAUUCAGCAUUUAUCAAAACGGAAAAGAUCCUUAUUUCCUUCCAGCUACAACUGCCAUUCAUGGAGAUGAAACCGCUAUGUGAUAGAUUGUUGUAUUCCAGAUCUAAUUGCUGAAUGCCAUUAGCUUUACGCCAUUCCUGGUACAGAACUGCAUGAUAGACCAAUUAAAUUUGCUUUCAGAUCACAAUGAGAAUAAAAACAGUGAAUAUGGAUUGAAGACAUGUAUUUGAGUUGGAAUGCAAUCAAUUAGAAUGAAUGGAUUUGUCAAUUUAGGUUUCGGAUUUAUCAACUUUGAAUAGGAAGUGGUAACAGAUUCCAGCUCACAAUAGGCAGCAAUUGGUCACUGUAAAACGAAACCACCGCCUGCACUAAUGCUUAUUCCCACGGAGGGGUAAUGACUCCUUCACACAGCCCUCGCUGUUAUAAUGUUUAUCUAGUCGCUAGAUGUAAGGUUGUCGGGACAUGAAGAAGCGGUUGGGAGUUGAGUGCUUGAGUCUAAAAAGGUCUCUACUUCACGC